GACAGUUCUGCUAGCAUGUCCUUAACGCCAGUGAAACGCGACGUUGAUGUGUGGGUUGAGAGCAAGCAACUACGCUGUUUUAUUGGUUAUUAUUCAUGGUUUGGAAAGAUGUCUCAUUAGUGUUUCUUAUGAUCAUUACGUCCACUGUUUAAUCAUAAAAUCGUACACGAUUUGUGUGGCAUGCACUUUCUUGUUUUGUGGUUUCUUUCUGAGAUAGCUUGACCGUCAGCUUUGAUGAGAAAAUGCCUUUCUCUACUCAGUCGGAGGUGGGGGAUGACAGAUUUGUUUUGGUUGCUAGUCUUGAUAACGCUAAAAAUAUUUCAAAUAUUUUAAAGGCAAUUGCGUUCAAAGACCACGCGACUGUAUUCGCAACCACAAAUGGAAUCAAAGUGACAGUGGAAAAUGCGAAAUGUUUGCAGGCUAACGCUUUUAUUCAGGCUGGAAUUUUUCAAGAAUUCAAUAUCCAAGAAGAUACUGUCAGUUUUCGAAUUAAUCUGACUGUUCUACUAGACUGUCUGACAAUUUUUGGUGGAAGUGCUGUUCCAGGGAUGACAACCGCUUUAAAGAUGUGCUACAAAGGUUACGGCCAUCCACUUGUACUUUUCUUGGAGGAAGGAGGUGUGGUGACUGUGUGCAAGAUUAAUACUCAAGAACCAGAGGAGACCUUAGAUUUUGAUUUUUGCAGCACCAAUGUCAUCAAUAAAAUAAUACUGCAGUCCGAGAGUCUAAGGGAAGCCUUUGCAGAACUAGAUAUGACCAGCGAGGUGCUUCAGAUUACUAUGUCUCCAGACAAGCCAUUUUUCAGGUUAUCUACAUUUGGAAAUGCAGGGAGUGCCCACUGUGACUAUCCCAAAGAUUCUGACAUGAUGGAGGCCUUUCACUGUACUCAGACACAGAUUAAUAAGUACAAGAUUUCAUUACUGAAGCCAUCCACCAAAGCAUUGGCUUUGUCAUGUAAAGUUUCCAUUCGCACAGAUAAUCGUGGAUUCCUUUCUUUACAGUACAUGAUCCGGAAUGAGGAUGGCCAAAUUUGUUUUGUAGAAUAUUACUGCUGUCCAGAUGAAGAAAUUAGUGUGUCUGAUACUUAAGCAGUAAAGUUUCUUUACACAUUGUAGAUUUUUAUUGCUUAUUUUAUCAUUUUUAAUAAGUUAUUAAAUAUAGGUUGAAUACUAAUUUACACAACUCAUUUAAAAUACUUUUGAAAGCGUCACAUGUAAAUCAGCACAUUUGAAAUGUCAUUUGA